GCGGCGGCGGCGGCGACGGCGGCGUGGCGCGGCGGCGGCGGUGAAAGAUGCACCCGGCAGGCUUGGCGGCGGCGGGGACGCCGCGGCUGCGUAAGUGGCCCUCCAAGCGAAGGGUCCCAAUGUCCCAGCCAGGCAUGGCAGACCCCCACCAGCUUUUUGACGACACCAGUUCAGCCCACAGCCGGGGCUAUGGCGCUCAGCGGGCACCAGGCAACCUGGGCUACCCCGCCACCUCUGCGUCCCCCCAGGCAGCCUUCUUAACAAAUCCUGUUUCUGACAUGGCCGUGGCCUAUGGGAGCAGCCUGGCGGCCCAGGGCAAGGAACUUGUGGAUAAGAAUAUCGACCGCUUCAUCCCUGUCUCGAAGCUCAAGUAUUACUUCGCUGUGGACACAGUGUAUGUGGGCAAAAAACUGGGCCUGCUCAUCUUCCCUUACCUACACCAGGACUGGGAGGUACAGUACCAGCAGGACACCCCUGUGGCACCCCGCUUUGAUGUCAACGCUCCGGAUCUCUACAUUCCAGCGAUGGCUUUCAUCACCUACAUCUUGGUGGCAGGACUUGCACUGGGAACCCAGGACAGGUUUUCCCCAGACCUUCUGGGACUCCAGGCAAGCUCAGCUCUGGCCUGGCUGACCGUGGAGGUGCUAGCCAUCCUGCUCAGCCUCUACCUGGUCACAGUCAACACCGACCUCACCACCAUCGACCUGGUGGCCUUCUUGGGCUACAAAUAUGUCGGGAUGAUCGGCGGGGUCCUCAUGGGCCUGCUCUUUGGGAAGAUUGGCUACUACCUGGUUCUGGGCUGGUGUUGCAUGUCCAUCUUUGUGUUUAUGAUCCGAACCCUGCGGCUGAAGAUCCUGUCGGAGGCGGCGGCGGAGGGGGUCCCGGUGCGCGGGGCGCGCAACCAGCUGCGCAUGUACCUGACCAUGGCGGUGGCGGCGGCGCAGCCCCUGCUCAUGUACUGGCUCACCUUCCACCUGGUGCGGUGAGCCCGGCCCGGUUCCCGCAGACUCAUCUCACCCCCGGCUGGCCCGGCCCGGCCUCCCACCCUCCCCGCCAAGGUGCUGAUUUUUUCCUGCUGCACAAGGAAACAAUAAACCUGACGUUCCGCG